AUAUGGGUUCUGGAUAUGAUAUAUGGGUUCUUGGAUAACUACGAGUGCUUGAUGAUUAUGGUUGGCUUCAUUUUUAUAUUCAAUCUUAUUGUCGGAACUGGAGCGCUAACUCUUCCAGGAGUAUUUUCCAAAGCAGGAUGGUGCCUCAGUCUUGUUGUUAUAAUAAUACUAGCCAUUAUAAGCUAUAUCACAGUAACCUUUGUCAUCGAAUCCAUGGCUGGCGCAAAUGCGAUAAAAAACUGGCAAAGCCUUCAAGUUCUGCGGCAUCGACGCAGUUCAAAUGAAGAUGAAGAUAAUGAACGAUUUUUCAAUGCAGCAGCAAGCGAAACGACUCCUUUAACUAUACAAAAUGUGGAAUUUCAUUAUUAUCAAUUGACGCACAAAUUUGAGUUGGGGGAAAUGGCAACUAUAUUUUUUAAUGAUUUUGGACGCAUCUUGUUUUACCUGUGCUUUAUCAUUUACCUGUAUGGAGAUCUGAGCAUAUACUCUGCCGUGGUGGCCAAAAGUCUGCGCGACGUCAUAUGUGAACAUGAACAUUCAAACACUUCGGAUAUCACGAAAUUGGAAUCAAAUUCCAUUCAAUAUCUUGGUAAUUUUGAAGGAAACGAAACGAAUGAACGAGCGUGCUGGAAAGAUCAUACCAUAUCGCGGCUAAUCAUGUACAGGAUCAUUUUAAUUGGGUUCACACUUAUUUUCGGGCCACUCGCAGUGCUCAGUAUUCAGAAAACAAAGUAUUUACAAAUACUUACGGCUGUUUUUCGUUGCCUGGCGUUCACGUUGAUGAUCUGCAUUGCCCUGAAGAUGCUCGCCACGGAUGGGGCCAGAGGACGGCCUGUUGCCAUUAAUUUUUACGGCAUUCCAUCGUUAUUUGGGGCGUGUGUCUACUCGUUCAUGUGCCACCAUUCACUGCCCAGCUUAUUGGAACCCCUCAGAAGCAAGUCAAUGGUGGCUAAAAUUCUUUCAUACGAUUAUAUUGUAAUUUGUACAUUUUACAUAGUACUAGCAAUGACUGGCAUUUUUGCAUUCGAGCACGUAGAAGAUCUUUACACAUUGAAUUUUCUGCCAUAUCAGGGCGUUCAUAAUAGUUUUUCAUCAACUUUUUUUGUUGUCAUUGAUUAUUUCCUGUCGUUGUUUCCGGUCUUCACAUUAUCCACUAGUUUUCCGCUUAUAGCUAUUACACUUAAAAAUAAUCUUCAAACCUUGUUUUUGGACAUGUCCCAUUAUGAUUCAUAUAGUAUAUUUAUACGUUUACUUUUUCCCCUGCUUGCGAUUCUUCCACCAUUUUUUGUGACAUAUUUUACCGAAAAUCUUUCUACUCUGGUGGCAUUUACGGGCAGCUAUGCUGGGGUCGGGAUACAAUAUGUGAUACCCGUUUUCUUGGUUUAUUUCUCUCGAAAAACAUGUUGUGAACUUCUGGGAAGUGGGAUUAUCAAUUAUUUCCAAAGCCCAUUUCAAUCAAAUGCUUGGUUAGCUUUGGUUUCAACUUGGUCAAUUGUAUCCGUAUUUUUAGUUACUAUCAAUUUAUUCACUUAAUUACUUACCUAAAUUAUAAACAAUUUGCGUAUAUCAGCUGUGAAAUUUCCUUUAAAUUAUAAUAUACACUUUCUUAAAAUGAGUAACUGCUUGAUCUGUAAUUUGAUCUCGCCACUAAAUUUAAAUUCUUAUUUUAAAUUUAAAUCGACUAAUAUUUACUAAUGUUCUCAAAUGAAUCCUGUAAUUGGGCAAAAUACAUUUCACGGCCUUACAUAUUAUUACAAACCGAAAAUGUAACAUAAUU